GAUUAUAGUUCUAUGGAUACGGAUACUGUGACAGAUCUUUCCAUAAAUAAAUGAAUUCUAGAGAUUAAUUUGAACUGUUGAUAUAAGUUUAGUUUACUAAUUUGAAAUAAAAAUGAAAAUAGUGUGUUCAAUAUACGUGGGAAACCGUGUUUUGCCGAGUAAUUUAAAUAGUAAAGGAAGAAAACAUGUAAAGUCUACAUUAGCCCUGUGCAAGCAUCCUAAGUCUGGAGAAUUUUGUAUUAUAUUAUUCACAAACCAAAAUAAAAAUGGUACGAAAUAUACCAUAAGGAAUAACAUUAAACAAGUUUUAACAAAAUUCGCACACGAAGGAAAAUGUACCAUACAAUUUUUAAGCCCAGAACAUGAUAUCUUUAUAAAUGCUGAUCCUAUUCAGCUAAAAGCAUUUUUGCACCUGUUUAAAAGAAUCUUGGAAAACAAAGUGUCCGAGAAAGAGUUAACAACCUCUAGUUUAGCGGUUACAGGAGUUAAGGCUAAAGAUAUGCCACCUUUAAAACUAACUAUAUCAAAGCGAUCAGAUUAUCCUAGUAAAGGAUUCCCAAAAACACUUGAAGAGUUACAUAUUAAUAGUAUAAAUAGAUGUGGGGUAGAUAAAGGCAUACUUACUCUAAUGAGACUGAAAAUAUUGGAUUUGAGUGAUAAUUUAAUUGAAUAUGUUCCUACAGAAUUAAGUUUGUUACCAAAUUUAAGAGAUUUAAAUCUUUCACAAAAUUUACUUGGCAAAAGUAAAAACUGGAAUUGGAUUGGAGGCAAUCUUUCAAAUACCCUACAAUCUUUAGAUCUGAGUCAUAAUGAAUUAAAGCUAGUUCCUCAACAGAUAUCUUACUUGAGUCAACUAACAAAUCUUAAUUUAAGCUACAAUCUCUUGCAGAACCUUACACCAGGUAUAGGUAAAUUGAAAAAACUCAAAGUAUUCUGUGCAUCCAAUAAUAAUAUAAAUACACUACCUGGUAAUAUGAGAAGUUUGACUUUACAAACAAUUGAUUUGUCUCUUAAUAAUUUUAUGCAGGAUGUUCCAACUAAACCUUUACAUAGAAUAGAUCCACUUCCUGUCUGUACAUUGAAAGAAUAUGCAGCAAGAAAGGUGUUAAGAGCUAGAUUACCAUAUCCUCCAGGAUCUCUUCCUCUAACAGUGAUUUCAUAUUUAGACAAUGCCAAUUUUUGUGUUUGUGGAAGAGCUUGUCUUGAGAUUUAUGUGCGAACAUCUCAAAAUUUAUUGCUCACUAGCAUUGCAGAAAGUGUAAAUAGAUCAGUUGGGGAAGGAAUAUGUGUACCAAUUGAUUCUUAUUUUUGUUCCUCAAGAUGUUAUGCAAGUGUAUGUAGAACACGAAAUCCUAUUGUCAGGUAGGACGCAGUGGACCUAACUUGAAGUGUUUUAAUUAACGAACUUUCCGCUUUAUCUUGUUACUGUUCUAUUUAAGUAUAUUUUGCUCUCAAUAUGACCUAUAUGCACCAAUCAUUCCAUAUUAGUGUGGUGUGGUUAUUAAGAGUUCACUGGAGCCCCAAAAAUCAUUUUGGGCAUUCAGUUUUGUUUCUAAAAAUUUCAAGAUAUUUUUACAGGUUAUAGUUAGGACAUUUAAAAUACUAAAAUUGUACUCAGAAUGUAUUUUCACAAUUUAAUUGAAACAAUAUAAAUUCAUGAAAGUAGUUUCUCAUCACAUCACCAUUAAAUACUUGCACCUUUUCUUUUCUGUAGGAGGGAAAUCCUCAUGGAUAUAGGGUGUCAUUGCUAGGUAGUGUCGGACUCUUACCUUGCUUUGGUGCCAAUACUGUCUUUUAUUAUAUUGUUCCUUCUAUCUUUCUCUUUAAUCUGUAUUAUAGCCUGUAUCACUUCAUAAGUGUACUUCCAGGACUCCUAUUAUUCUAACAAGCAUUCCAUAGUUUUGGCAAUAUUGAAACUUCCACGUUUCUGGGUUUAUAAGUUUCUUACUUCUUCCCAUCUGGAGCAUCGUCUUCCUCACUGUAGUAGGUGCAUUUAGGAGUGUCUGAUCUCUACCUGUUAUAUAGGUACUUGCGAAAGUAUCUAUGGCCCGUGAGUGAUUAUGUUAAAAAGUAGUUUCCCCAUGCUUCUCGUUCAUCCAGACUUCAAUAAGAUUAAUGAGUCAGUGGGUCCAUUGGCUAUAUGUUCCAUUGUCCUAUUGCACUUGCCACCUCUGGAUGAGAUUUGUUCAUGUGUUAGUCUUUGACACUCCGGCAUAUCUAUAUUUCCUCUCAUUUACUUGCAGAUCCAUAGAAGCCAGCCUUGUGAUUACCCCUAUUCCUUCGGAUAUAGUCUAGUAGGUAUUGCAUUAUGUAGAUAGCCACCUUCCUUUGUAAUUGUGUCAGCUUUGCAAUAGUUUUUCUUUCUGAGACAGUAUACCAUACUGGUACUCCAUAAAAAAUCUGGCUAUUUUCCUUUUUAUGUGUCAACAGAAAAGAAUCUGUUUUUUCUGGUACUAGUUUCCUAUGAGUUGUAAUUCUGUGUUAGGCAGGUUCAUCGGGACCUGAUCUACUACAGCUGUUACCACUAAGGUGACUUCAAUGGUAACUCCUUGUGGCAUCUCUAUUCUAAAGAGCUAUUCAUACAAGAUGUUCCAUAGGCCCAGUACUCAUCUCUGUGGUACUCCAUAAAGACAUUGCACCUGUUAUUUAGACAGCACACUGAUUUCAAUAGUAUAUUAUGCAAUUAGUGCAAAAAAUAUGUCAUUUCAUAUGAAUGUAACAAAAUGAUGGACUGUAGAUUCUAGUGUCCAUACAUGUUGUACAUUAUUUUUUUUUGAUGACUUGAAUGAAAUAAUGAAUAAACCUAUGAACCCCACAAUAUUUUAUUAAUCAGUUCGUAUUGUAUCGAUAAUUGUACAUAUGUAAUUAAUCGAAUUUCAAAGUUACCAAUAGUAUUCUAAAACAUUUAUCAAUAUCAUGCACUACCUUUUUCUUGCUAGCCAAUCUUUUUGUAUUUAGAUAAUCUUUUAGAAAUGCUGCUGUUAAUAAAUAACUCAAUUUUUGUGCCAUUAAGAAAUUGAAACUGUCCAAUCCAUACAUUUUGAGAAAGUUAUAAUUUAAUUGUGAUAUUCUGUCUUAGGUAAUUUAUGAUCAUGUUUUUGUUAUUUAUAAUUUAGCGAAGAUGUUCCAAAUUUAUGUUAAUUUCAAACAAUAUCCUUAAUGUUCCAUUGCAUUUGGUUCAAAUGGGGAUAGGAUAAAUCUGCUGUGAAUAUACUAAUAGUCACAUUAAUUCAAGAAGGGAUAGGUUUCAAAAUAAUUGUUAAAAAAAAUAAAAUUUUGGUUUUGCUAUAUUAUAUUUAUGUUAAUUUCAAACAAUAUCCUUAAUGUUCCAUUGUAUUUGGUUCAAAUGGGGAUAGGAUAAAUCUGCUUUGAAUAUACUAAUAGUCAAAUUAAUUCUAAAAGGGAUUGGUUUCAAGAUAAUUGUUAUAAAAAAAAAGGUUUUGCUAUAUUAUACUCAGUAUUGUAAAAUUUUAUCAUAUUUUUCCAGCUUUUUUGUUACCUUUAGUAUUUACUUAACUUGAGCUUUGUUCUUACUUAACAAUGUUUUGGUUUCAUCUAUGUAAUAUGAAGAUGUGUAAUUUUGUAAACAUAAUUAAGUGAACAUCUAAUCUAGAAAAUGUUUUGUAUUAGUACUGAAAGUAUCAGUAUCCUGUAAGCCAUACUAUUUGAAUUCAAAAUAAUUACACAUAAAGGACUGGAAUGUUUUUUGGUUUGGUUUUUAUUAGAAAAUAGUAAUAUAGUUUUUUUUUAUUUAAAUUUGCCUUAAAUGUAUUAAAGCAGGGCUGUAAUCACAUUAAUACAAUAGGUAACUGAUUUCUUUUGCUUUUAUUGCAAAUUGUACCUAUAUUAAGUGAUGAACAGUUUUUAUAUUAGAAUUAAUAAGGCAAGAAUAUGUGUUAUGAUAUUUAUAAUAUAUAUUUUGAUGCUGCUUUUUCUGCUAUUGUUUGAUCAAAUGUGAUGAUCACUCAAAAUGAUCAAAUUUGCCAAAAUAUUGGUUGUUUUCCGUUUUCUGUAUUCAUUGAUAAAAAAUAAAAUAUCAAAAUAUU